AUGGACGGCAAAAACAUUGAAUCCGAAGGAGUACCGAUUGAGCAGGUGCUAGCUUCUUACAUAUAUUUCGCAAGCGAACAGAUCAGAACUGAAAAGUUUUUGGAUAAGUUGGAGGAGAAAGGACCAAAGGGAGUGGCCUUAGCUACGCUGCGUAGGUCAGAGCGAUUAUUGUUUACUGAUGAUUAUAAGUACAUCAUGAGACAAAUGGUCUAUAGGCGUCUCAUGAUGAUGUAUGUAACUAGAGGUGAAAAGCAAGACCUUCGUCGUUUGUGGAACUUAGCUAAGGAGAACAUAUUAUUUUUUGACGAGUACGGGUAUAUUUCCACGAUUUGGGCGUUUUUGAGGAAAGAAGAUAUCCAAGGGGCACACGAGGAGAUGGUGAACGACAUGGUUAAAGAUCAUAAUGAAGAGGAGAAGAUGAAAAGAGCGAUGGAGUACGUGGAAGGUACGAUAGACAUUGAGAGUGCGGCUGAUGUUUUGAGACUGUUGGGGAAGCAAGAACCGCAACAUGUUAUGGAUAGUAAUAGAUUAAGUCAGAAGAUGGUGGAAGCAAUGAGAGGAGGAGCAUACUUUGGUGGUGUUUAA